GUUGGGAAGCCCGUGCAGACGGGAGGCGUGGGGUCCUAGGGGACCUAGGCAGGGCACGUGUGAGAGGAAGUAGCGCUGUCAAUCCGCGCGGCGCUUGUAGUCCACUUCAGCGUGGUGCCAUGGGAGGCCUGGAGAAGAAGAAGUAUGAACGAGGUUCUGCCACCAACUACAUCACCCGAAACAAAGCCCGGAAGAAGCUGCAGCUGAGCCUGCCUGACUUCAGGCGGCUGUGUAUUCUGAAGGGCAUUUAUCCCCAUGAACCCAAACACAAGAAGAAGGUUAACAAGGGCUCCACCGCGGCCCGAACUUUUUACCUUAUCAAAGACAUCAAGUUCCUUCUCCAUGAACCCAUCGUCAACAAAUUCCGAGAAUACAAGGUGUUUGUCCGGAAGCUCCGAAAGGCCUAUGGGAAGAAUGAAUGGAACACCGUGGAGCGACUGAAGGACAACAAGCCCAACUACAAACUUGACCACAUCGUCAAGGAGCGGUACCCCACGUUCAUAGAUGCUCUGCGAGACCUGGACGACGCCCUGUCCAUGUGCUUCCUCUUCUCCACAUUCCCCCGGACCGGCAAGUGCCAUGUGCAGACCAUUCAGCUGUGCCGCCGGCUCACCGUGGAGUUCCUGCACUACAUCAUCGCCGCCCGGGCCCUGCGCAAGGUCUUCUUGUCCAUCAAAGGCAUUUACUACCAGGCUGAAGUGCUGGGGCAGCCCAUCGUGUGGAUCACGCCCUACACCUUCUCCCAUGAUCACCCAACAGAUGUGGACUACAGGGUCAUGGCCACCUUCACUGAAUUCUAUACCACUCUGCUGGGCUUCGUCAACUUUCGCCUCUACCAGUUACUCAACCUGCACUACCCGCCCAAGCUCGAGGGUCAGGCCCAUGCAGAGGCGAUAGCCCAUGAAGACAGCUACGCGUUAGACUCUGAGAGCUCUAUGGAGAAACUGGCGGCCCUCAGUGCCAGUCUGGCCCGAGUGGUGGUGCCUGCAGAGGAAGAGGUCGAGGUGGACGAGUUUCCUGCCGAUGGGGACAUGGCAGCACAGGAGGAGGGCCGCAGGAAGGAACUGGAGGCACAGGAGAAGCACAAGAAGCUCUUUGAAGGCCUGAAGUUCUUCCUGAACCGCGAAGUGCCACGUGAGGCCCUGGCUUUCAUUAUCAGGAGUUUUGGGGGAGACGUAUCGUGGGACAAGUCUCUGUGCAUCGGGGCCACCUACGACGUUACAGACUCCUGCAUCACUCACCAGAUUGUUGACCGGCCUGGGCAGCAGACCCCUGUCAUCGGCAGGUACUACGUGCAGCCCCAGUGGGUGUUUGACUCUGUGAACGCUCGGCUCCUCCUCCCUGUGGCAGACUACUUCCCUGGGGUGCAGCUGCCCCCACACCUCUCGCCCUUCGUGUCGGAGAAGGAAGGCGAUUACGUCCCUCCUGAGAAGCUGAAGCUGCUGGCCCUGCAGCGGGGAGAGCAUCCAGGGGAUUUGAAUGAAUCUGAAGAGGAGGAGGAGGGAGAGGAAGAUAAUGAUGGUGAUGAAGAAGGAGAAAAUGAAGAGGAGGAAGAAGAUGAUGUGGAGGCUGGUUCGGAAAAGGAAGAAGAAGCCCGGCUGACAGCCCUGGAGGAGCAGAGGAUAGAGGAAAAGAAACCCAGGGUGAUGGCAGGCACUGUAAAGCUGGAGGAUAAGCAGCGGCUGGCCCAGGAGGAGGAGAGUGAGGCCAAGCGCCUGGCCAUCAUGAUGAUGAAGAAGCGGGAGAAGUACCUCUACAACAAGAUCAUGUUUGGCAAGAGGCGCAAAAUCCGUGAGGCCAACAAACUGGCAGAGAAGCGGAAAGCCCACGAUGAGGCCAUAAGGUCUGAGAAGAAGGCCAAGAAGACAAGGCCAGUGUGAGUGGUGGCAGCCUCUUGAUGAGCGAGGCCAGCUCCUGGCAGUUGGACUUGGCACAAGCAGGCCAGAGGACCCAGGCUUGGUGGCAGACUGGAGUCCUAGAGUGUCUUCUGUUUUCAUCCUCCUCCUCCUCCCCCUGCCAGCCCUGGCUUCCUUUCAUGCUCUCUGGCUGGGCCCGUGGGCUGUCCUGGGCUCCCUUGGAUGGAACUCUGCUGGUGGCUGGGCAGAGAAGAGGCCACUGUGCCCAGCCUGACUCUGUCUCCUAAGAGUCAGCGACAUGGGGGAGCAGGGUCCCAACCAGCGCUUCACCAGCCACUCCCGUGCACCCUGGCUUUCCGCAGUCCCCUCUCGCCCCACACCACACACAUAUGGUUGGACCCAUGAUUCUCCUGGCGCUGUGAGGUGGAAGAGGGUAGGGAACCAUUUGUUAUUAAAUGGCUAGAGUUUUGCAGCCAAUUAUAUUCUGUUCAUGAGCCUUCUUGGAGUUGGAGAAGGGCACCUAAUGCCCUGUGCUCCAGGCUGGACCAGCCUGGGUAUUUACCGAGAUGGGCCUGACUGGUCACUGCUCAGUGCUGUCUGGAUGUCCAAGGACCCCUUUGGGUGCCAGAAGAUAGGUGCAGUGGUUCUGGGCUUGGGCUCUGAAGUCAGUCUGCCCUGGGUUCACAGUCCAGCCCAGAUACGUUUCCUCUGUGGACCUGCUUCCUCGUGUCUAAAUUAGGGGUAGAAAUUCUGAAAGCUGCCUCCCAGUGAUGUGUGAAGGUGUUCGUGAUAAUGUUAUGCAGACUCCCAUAGUGUCAGGUGUCUAGUAAAAUGCUCAGUAAACAGCUGUGACUGUCGUCACUUCUGCUUGUCAGCCCAGAAGGUAAGAGCCAGUGUCUGAAGGAUCUGGGGUGUCUGAGUUGAGGGUACCAAGCUUUACCUGUGGGUUCCUCAGGAGGACCUUCGACUAAUUCUCAAUGUGGAUGUUACCAGCAGCCUGACUUAUCACCCUUGCUAGAUUAUCCUCACAGCAUCCCACCUAACCCAGGCAGUGUCCUUGCUGGGGCCCAAGGGGACAAGCCCUUACCUGGGACUGCUGGUGCUUCAUGGCAGAGCUAGGGCCAGAAGCCAGGGCUGGGGCCCCAGGGGACAAGCCCUUACCUGGGACUGCUGGUGCUUCAUGGCAGAGCUAGGGCCAGAAGCCAGGGCUUAAGAUGGUCACAGCCCCUCCCAAGUCGGGCAGGAAGUUUCUGAAUAGCUUCCCCCAGGGUGCCCCAAUGGGCUCACAGCUGUCAGGAUCAGGGGCCAGGGCAGAGAAGUAUGGUUUUGGUACUGGGCUCUACCUUCCCCAAAUUGCAUGUGAGGACCUUGCCCCUCACUGUACCCAGGUUCUGUAGACAUUUCCUGGGCAAUGGCUGCAGGCCCAAUCCGUGUAAAAGGAAGGCAAGAGCUUGGGCAGGGUCUGACCGAGGGAGCAGGGAACCCAGGGCCGCUGUGUAGGCUGGACCUUGCUGUGGGUGUAGGAGAGGGCUAUGUUCCCCUCUGGCAUUCUCAUGGUGGUGAGGAGGGACCACAGAGGCAGAGACAGGGUCAAGUCCUCUAGAGCCAAAGUCUGCCUGGGUGCGUGUGCAUCCCAGGGCCAUGGCAGGGGUGCCAGGGCAAGGCUGGAGAGCAGGCUCAUCAGAUAUGGAAAAAUCUGGCAGCCGUGCUGAUGUGGAAUUUUCUCCAUUCCAGAGUCGCCCAGUAAUGGCGGGGGCAGUGGGGCUCUGAUAUGGCCCAUGUCCCACUGGGUGGCCAGCUAUCUUUGCACUGCCCACAGCUGGAGCUGAGCAUUCCCCACUCCAGGCGGGCAUCAGUCUCCAUCCUUGGUCCUCUGGGGUGAAGGAAGGAAGCCCAGGACUGGAAAAGGGUGGAUCCUCUAAGGGGCACCUGCAUCCAUCCUGAUGGUGCUGUGCUCAGCCCUGAUGGGUGCCCUGGAGAGGUGGGGUCAGCUGAGACCUCCAAGUGGCUGACCAGUUGGAGAUGGGUCCCUUGCCUGAGCUUCCCUGGGAAAUUUUGGCAAUCCCCCCACCCCCCAUAUCCACAUUUUGAAAAGCAAAAGCGUAUGUCCCCAGCUUGCACUGCCUUUGGAGCGGGGGACCACACCUUCCAUUGGAUCUUCAGGGCUCUAGAGCCCCCAAUAAAAGUUUAGCAACUA